AUGGUAAUAUCAAUACUGUACCGCCGUUUUAGCGGCAUACGCGACAUUCCUUGGAGCAAAAGAUCCGAAAGUGCCAGACCCCCAUCUUCAAUGCGCAGCUGUUGUGCUUUUGCGUUGAUCCUGGGGCGGCAGAACGUGGGUGCGGAUCUGCUGCUAGAGAGGCUGGAGGCUGCGCCCAUGGCUUCUCGAUCGCGCAACCGCCUGGAGAGUGUGCAUGAGCGGCCGGACCUCGUGGUCAAAGCCAGGUCCGCCGACGCACCGAACAGGAUGGAGAACAGGAUCAGGGCGCGUCGUCCGCCGCCACGUUACGCGCAUGAUAUUGUGGCCGUGGCCAGAUCCCUGCAAUAG